AUGGAUAGGGUGAAACAAAUAGCGAGCCUUGAAGCAGAAACCCUGAACAGAUUAAGCAACUGGGGACGAUACUCAACUUCGGAUGACCCAACAAGAACAGGGAAGGUGGAGUUCAUGAGGUGCGACGACAUGAGAACGGAGGUGGCCAUGAGGAGGGCUCGUGAGACCAACCGAGACUUGGAAACGACGUUAAUGGAAGUCCAGCUGGAGGUGAAUAUUGAACUCGCCAAACUCUUGUCGGAAACAAUCCACCCUGCCUUUGCUGGAACAAAUGGGGUGGAAAUAGAAGAGGAAGAUGGCCAUGUUUGUGGGAUUUGUCUACAGUAUAUGGAGAAAGGAGAGGAAGCAAGAGGCAUGAGAGUGUGCGGCCAUAUGUUCCAUGAUUAUUGCAUUUUCGAGUGGGUUAAGAGGAAACCAAAUUGCCCACUCUGUCGAUGCCCAAUCCUGGCAAUCCAUACUAACACCAAACACUAA